AUGGCCGUGGUCAAGAGAUUCUUGAAAUGGGUUAGGCGAAUUUGGCGAAAAAUGACCGGCUGGGUCCGGUUCUGGAAAUAUAAAACCAAGCCAAGCAUGCCCGAUCAACCCAAGAAACAUUCACUGAAGGAGAAGACUGCUUCGGACUUUGACCCUUCAAAGAUGGUCAAACCCCACAAAGAGCCCAAGGUCUCUGACCUGGAUGUCUGCCCGGGGGUGCUUGAACCCAGUGUGUUGGCUGCUGUCAAGGACAUGCCUGCUGUACCCCGCAAGAGUCGCUCCCUGAUGCAGCUGUCCCAGACUGUAGUCCACUCGGUGUCCACGCUGAUGGUCUCGGCGCUGCAGUCUGGCUGGCGAUUGUGUAAGUGGAAGUCUUCUAUGAGCUCUGCGUCAAUUUCCUCUCGAAUGAAGAGCGGGUCGGCCUUGGAGACGCCGGAAGCUGAGAUGCUGCGGGAAGUGUACCUGGUACUCUGGGUCAUUCGCAAACAACUGAGAGAGCUGGCCCGCAGGCAGGAGAGGCGCAGGCGGCGCCGCAUGCGCUCCCGUGCGUCCCACACAUCCCACCUUUCCGAUCCAGUGCAGGGCCUCAAACAGGAUGCCCGAAGUCCCCUCUAG